AUUCUUUAAGGUUUAGCGAGUCCCUAAGUUGUGCUUGUGGGGUCUUUCCAUCCCUUUCUCGGUGCGGACUUACUUUUUUCCGCUCGGGAGCGCAAUUGUGCGCGAGUUUUAACUAUGGCGCUUUUCUCUCAUUGGACAGGAAGUGACUUUUCAUCUGCAGCAGACAUAGCAACUCUAGGAACAUUAUCUCCAGAUAGAAGAAAACUAUCACAUGAUAAUGUUACUCUAACUGAUCUUUGGUCUCAAAUAAAACAUCCAGUUCAUGGUGUCGAAUUUCAAAAUCACAGGCACAGAUUACGUACUUAUACAAAUUGUCUUGUUGGAAGUGAAUUAAUUGAUUGGCUUAUUGCACAGAGGAAGUCAUCUUCAAGAGCUCAAGCAGUUUUAAUUGGACAAGCUCUAAUUGAUAUGAAAAUUUUGGAAUGUGUAACGUCUCAAGACCAAAUUUUUAUAGAUGGUUAUUCUCUUUAUAAACCAACAGAAGUAAGUAAUUUAAUAAAUAUAUGUUAUAAAAUCUCAAGAAACUAUAUAUACUGGAUUUUUAGAGUAAAAAGAUGAUAUUGAAAUAUUGUAGGGAUUUAAUGCUUAUCUUCAAUAAAUGUAUUUACUUGCACCAUUUAAGGCCUUGAAAUUCAAAAUACCAACAUUUAUAGCUAAAUAUGAUGCAAUCCUUAAAUGAUAAUAUUUUGGCAAAGUAAUUCUAACGAGAUAACUUAUUGAUAUUAUUACAUCAUAGCUAAGGAAAAUCUAGUUAAAAUAUUAUCUGGACAUAAUGAAUAAUUAAAAUAGCAGUACUAUUUUUUAUUUUUAACAUUAAACAGUGAUAUGAAAUUACUCUAUAUUUAAUCACAGCAAUAACAACAGAUACUUUCAUUGGAAGAUUUUUUUUUGUUUUCAUUAUUAAAAGCAGAAAAAUCUUCCAAUGACUUUUGAGUAGGAUGCAAUAUGAUUGUUAUCAAUGAGGUAUUAUAAGUUGUCAUUACUUUACUAAAUUUUAUGAUGCAUAUUAUUAUUAUAUUAUACAGAUGAGAUAUUCCUGUUCAAAAUCAUCUGCAUAUAUAUAGCAGUUGAAACCUGACUAGAUCUUUUCCUUUUAAAUCUGAAACAAGAAAUUUCAGCAGUAUUAAAAAAAUUUAAUUGUGCAAAU